AUGUUUUUAAAAUUUUAUCUAUUUAUUUUUGCUUUAAUUGCUUUAGAAUUUUUAAUGAGGAAAUUGUUUGUAAAAUUCGUUAGAUUUAUAGGAAGAAUGAUAUUUUUUAUUCUACGUGUUUUUCAGUAAUUUCAAGAAUUUUGGGUACAAUAGCAAUAGAGGGGAGAAUAAAAUUUUAUGAUGAUGAGAAAUGUGUUUUUUGUAGAUUUAACUUGAAUUAA